AAUCUAGUUGUAUAGUUUAAGUGUAUUCAUUAUUUCUCAACAAUUAAUUCAAUUGUUAGUUAUUCGACUCAAAGUCCAUUUAUAACAAACAGUUAUAUGAUUGGUAUUAGUUCCAAUCAUUUGUAUAUUUACAUUGUAACAUUUCACUGUAUUUCAAAACGUAGUCGGGAUACUUCAAUACGAAACAAGCACAUUUCAUUCAGUCAAUAAAUGUAAAUUGAGAUCGUCAAUAAACAUCAUCAUUAUUGUUCUGCAAUAUGGGCUUCAGAAUAAAGCAUAUAUUUCAACAGAAUGCUCUACAACCCAAAUUAUCAUAUACUGCGAUGGUUUUAAUACUUACUAGUGUACUAUCAAUUUUAUCAAUCAUUGUUACACUAACCUUAUCCUUGUUAGGUAGAGAAUUUAAAUCGGCGACAUGUAUAACAAUUUUCACAAGUGUAUUCAAUAUUAUUGGUUUUUUUCUAGGAAUGAUGUUGGUUAUUUUACGGAAGAUGAGAGAAACGUAUCCCCUGAAUAUAAUAAUGUUAAUUUUAUACGGUUUGGCUAUAUCUGCAGCUCAUGGAUACUCUAUCAUCAAUGUGGAAAUUCUAGUAAAAGUCAUAGCAUGGGUUAUUGCUUUCGUGUUGCUUUCGAUUUUGGUCCCGGUUGGUAUGGUUAUAAAGACUGACUUAAGUCAAUAUACAAGUGUAUUUAUGUUUUACUGUGUUGCAGAACUUUCCACAAUCACAAUAGUAUUUAUCGGUCUUAUUAUAGCAGGUUACACACAGGUGGCUUUGGCUGUUUAUGUGGCCGGGGUAUUGCCCCUAUUGAUUCCUCUUGCGAUUGGUUUCGGGCAGCUUACAUUUAGUACAAGUUCCAGUUAUACUUACAAUCCGGAUUACUGUCUGGCAUCAUUGACUUUAUUCACUACGCUAUUGGGAUUUUUUAUUACCAUCAGUGUAGAAGCUCAUUUCAUCAAACAGCUAAUGAAAAAACAAUACUACCGUUAAACUACUGUAAAUGUCUCGCUAAAAGCAUCAAUACAUAUAUAUUAUUUAAUUUGAUAUUUAUUUAUCAUAAUCACAUGGUGUAGUGAAUAGAACAUGGAUGGGGACAGUCGAAUUGUAUUAAGCACAAAAUUACAGAGUUACUUGGUAAAAUAGAAAAACCAUACUAUAAUACUUAAUUUGCAAAAUGUUCAAUAAUUGUCUCGAACUUCAUUGUUCUUACAUUUCCAUAUUAAUUGCUUUCUGUUCUCGCUUUUCCUUUCCUGAUCUUCCCCAUCUUCUGCUACCAGACAUUACAUUCCUGACUCGCGUCAUAUACUACUUAUAUCAAUAUAAGUAGCACGCACCACAAUGGUUUACAUGCUUUCCCAAUCAAGUUUCAUAAAAGUAAACAAACAUAACAUCUUGUAUCUUAUCAUUUGGACUUCAAAUGGUGAAAGACGUCGUCAAAUAUCAUAUCAACUGUACUUAUUUAGCUGAAAUUUAAUGCUAUUGGUUGAUUUGUAAAACAUUGACAAGAAUAUUUUUACAGAACAAAUAGCUUGAUUUCAGUUAUUAUCGAAUCAUGCAUCACCGUCAUGAAAUCAUUCUUUAUCA